AUGUAAUUUUUGUCUCAAAAGUUUGUUUCUGAAAAAUUUGAAGGGCAAUUUUAGAAAUACUUGAAAAAGUUUCGAAUAAGGUUUCAAUUAAUUCAGAAGGUAAUUAUACUCCCACUUAUAAUUUAUUACACAAUUGAAAAAGUAUUUUCAUCAAGUUGGUUUGUAGUAAGUUUAAAUAUCAUUUUGGGAUUGAUAGUGAUAUUUAGCUUAAAAUUUUAGAAAAAAUGCAUAAGAGUAUAUGAGAUUUUAAUUCUGAUUGGAAUUCUACUAUUUAAUUUAUUCUAUGCAACUUCAUAGUAUUUGAAUGUACAUCCUGAAAGAUAUUAGUUUAUUGAUGGUUAUUUCUUAGCCAUUUUAAGUUUAACGUAUAGAUAUUUAAUUUUACUUUAAGAAUGAUAAAUAUGAUGGAUACAAUUCAAAAAGCAUUCCUUUUGUUAUUUAUUUACCUAAUAUAUCUCAUUAUGAUUCCCAAUAAGGCAGAACCAAUUUGGCAGUAAAUAGUUAAAUUCUUCUUAUAUAUCAUUCUUUACUAUCAAUAAUAGAGAUACUAGCAAUAAUUAUUAAGAUUAACUUAUCUUCAAUAUUUUAAGCAUUUGACAAUUGAGAACACAAUAAGGGAAAAUCUAGAUAUGAAAUAUUAUGUUGUGCAUUUUAUUGAAACAAAACGAUCAUUCCUUCUAAAAUCAGAAGAUUAUAAUUAAUAUUUGAAUGAAGAAGAUCAAUAUGCUUUUUAAUAAUUUUUACGCAAAAUUAAUAUCUCAUCUUCUAGUUAAGAUAUAGAGAAACAAACAUCAAUGAAAAUGAGAUCUGCAAAAAUGAAUUUGGAACAAUUUUUAUUUUAUUUAUUUACAGAUAGAAAAAAAUUACAAAGCUUAUAAAGUUAUGAAAAUAAAUAUUUAGAACAUUAACAUCAUAUAUUUGGAUUUACAACAGGUGAAUCUUACAUAAUCAAAGUUAUUAAAUGUUAUGAUACUGAACCAUGUGCAAUAUUAUUAAUAACUGAAUAAUAGAAGUAAUAAUUUGUAGAUAAACUUAAAUUACAAAAUAAAGCAACAUUGAAAUUACUAAACUAUUUUUCAGACAUAUUUACUACUUAAAUUAGAGUUGCUUUGAUAGUUCUUAAUAGAAUGUUAAAAUAUCAAUAAAACAAUAAAAAGAAUGUAAUAAAAAAUAAAGAAUAUUCUUUUCUAAAGUAUAUAAAUUCUUAACUUUAUAUUGCAUAUAAUUAAUUUUAUAAUAUAUCUGAUUAUUUUUAAGCUAAUUCUGAGUUUAGAAGAAUUUCAAUUACAAGAUUUAAUUUGAUUUAAGUUAUUGAAGAAUUAUUUGAAAAAUUGAAAUAUUAUAGAAAAAUUGAUUAAAUUAUGACUAGAAAUUUUGUUUUAAAAACUAAAAUUUAAGAACUUAAUAUUAAAUCUGAUAUGAAACAAAUCUCAUAGCUAUUUUUUAAUUUAACUAAAUUUGCUAUGCAAUAUUCAGAUGAAAUCUACAUAGAUUUAGAUGAAGGAUUUGAUCAAUCUUAUCCCCCUUAACCUAUAAUUAAUAUAUAAAUUUUAUUCAAAAAUUCAACAGGUACUAAAAUUGAACUCAGAAAAUUUCCUAUAAUAAAUCCAAAAACCUUAUAAGAAAUAAAAACUAAUGAUAAACGGCCUUUGGAUCUUGAUGUGUCUAUUUCAUUAUUAAUAAUUAGAAAUCUAGGGCCUUUUGAUAAAAUGACAAUUAGAAAAACAGGUAAGCAAUUCUACAAAAUUUAAUUUUUUAUUUAUAAAAGUAUGAAUUAGGAUUUACAUUUAAUACCAAUUCAUUCCUUUGAUCCUUCCUUAUUUAUCAAAAGAGAUGAUGAUUGGCAAUAACUUAAUCAUUUUGGAAAUUAAUCAGUCAUCAAUUGCUAUAAUGAUUCUCCAGAAAUAAGAUUAGAUACUUUAAGAUGUAUUACAAUUCCUGAUACUGCCUUAAAAACUUGA